AUGCCGUCUCUCAGAGACCAAAUCGCCGUUAAGCCGGUCGAUGAUUACUAUGUCUCCAUUCUCCCUCCCACACGCAUGGGCGAUCUCGCCAACUGGGCAUACGGCGGCAACAUCCUCGCGGUAGCCGUGAGCGCCGCCUACGCAACCAUCACCACCGCCCAUCAUCUGUAUUCCAUUAGCGGCCAUUUCGUGCGCCCUACCAGUCCAGUACACAAACUGAUCUGUCGCGUCGAGCGCAUCCGCGACACUCGGACUUUCCAAACACGACACGUGCGCUUGUAUCAGAACGGACCCGGGGGCGAACAGUUAUGUCUUAUUGCAACGGCGGAUUUCCACAUCGAGGAACCUGCCGAGAUGGUUCGUUACUCCGCGCAUCCGCAUAAGCAGGGGAUAUCGGUGGGUGAACCUACGAUAGAAAUAACACCGACGCUCGAAACCGGCUUAUACAGAAACAUCGACCCGUUCAUGCAAGUCCAACCACUCCCAACCAACUUGAACAACAAGGAGGACAAUAUUCCAGAUAUAAUUUCCACCGAGCGCUUCCGGAUAAAUGGACCCCUCCCUACGGAGGCAGACCAAAUCGCCGCUCUCGCAUUCUAUAUGGACCGCGGGCUCGCCUAUAUCCCGGCGAACCACUCCGGCCGCAGCCUCCUCGAAGCGAGCGCCUGUGCAACUCUGGAUUUUGCACUGCGGCUGGCGACGCACAGGUUCGAUUUGGGUGAUUGGCAUGUGUCUGAGAAAAGGACUUGUCGGGCGGGUAAUGCGAGGGCGCUUAGCGAGGGGAGGGUCUUUGGGGCGGGUGGGCGGUUGUUGGCGAGUAUGACGCAGGAGACGAUUUUGCGUCCGAAGGAGAUAUCGAGGAUUUGA